AGACUUUUUCUCCUUUUUCCAGGGGGUGUCAGCACUGAUUUUCCAUACUCCCAUCUUCCAUUAUUUUUGCCAUACGAUUUUUUUUUUUUUUUUUUUUUUUUUUUUUUUUAACUUCUGGUGACAAUAUCGGUUCAUCUACCAGCAGGGGGCACGGCUUAUAUUUAAGCCCACAAAAUCUAAACCCUGGUUUUAAUAUAAAUGUUAUUUUUACUGUGGGAUUUAGUGAUGUACACUACUAACUUAAAACCUUCUUAAAGUGAUUACAUGACCCUUUCCAUUCAAAAACAUAUAAUUAAGGGUAUUUGGGGGGGAAAAAACAAGUCUUUGAAAUGCUUUUCAACAUAAAAGCCUGUAGCACCUUAUAACAUAAGAAAUGUUUUUCUAGUUUUUGCCUUUUAUUUAUUUGUUUACUUUGGUUAAGUUCAGUGUGAAUCCUGCUAUCUGUCCUCUGAGCAUCACUGUUGUAGCGUCUUGAUAUUGAAAACACAUCUUACAAAAAUGCCAACCGUAAAAAAAAUACCCUAGGGAGAAAAAAGGAGAGAAAACAACAACAUAUUUAUGCACAGGCCUGGCCUUUAUCGUCCAGUGAUGCAGGAAUGUGGAGGAUGCUGAGUGUCCACCUGAUACUGCUUUGCGCCCGGGGGAGGGUCUCUCCAGUCUCCACUCUGCCAUAACACGGCCCAGCUCCGGCAGGCAGGCAGGAGGGGGAAGCGCAUCCUCUGAGAGAUCUGCUGGAAACAUGAUCAUCAGGGGAACCUAGACGCAUUCCUCAGCUCCGGUCAGACGAUUCGACAGCUUCAUGUGUGCUGUGUUACUCUCCAAAGGACAAAUGAGAGGAGACAGGCUUCGGGUCUGUGCAGGAGCGAUACAAGCCGACAUCAUCAGCCGCUGCGACGUGUGAGAGGAGGUCAUCGCUGCUACGGUUCCUGUGAUCUCCUGUGCCUUUAUUCCAAUCCGAGGCCCUGAAAAGCACCAGUCACCCUCACCAUCAUCCAUCUGAGCUCUCUUCAUCCACUUCUAUUAAUGGUGCCUCAGAGAAUGUGAACAGUUGACAAACUGAGGCUGUAAGCCCAACGAAUACAAGCAAGAGAGGAACUGGGACCCUGUGUUUAUUAUGAACUGACAAGUCCACUGAUAGCAGAUCAAAGUGGCUGUGCUUUAAAAUUGACAAUGGUGUUGUUUCUGAUGGGGAUCUCUAUUGCUGUGAAUCAUUCAUCUCAUGAGAACCAAACUGCAGAAAAUCCCACUCACCAGGGUGCUCACGUGCUGCCCUCAACACUGGUCUUAUCCUUGCUUCUUAUCAUCAUUGUCCUGCUGACAAUCUACUGUCUGAGGUUCAAAAACCACAGGAAAGCUCUCGUUACAUCGGUGGAUAAAAAGAUUCCUAAUGGCUUCUUGGAGGAACAAGGAGAGCAGACAGUGGUCCUCCUCCCCAGAUCUCCCUCACCAUCCAAGAGGUACUUCCCCAUCCCUCUGGACUCAUUGGAGGAGGAGUACAGAAUGCGCUCUGCUGAUGAUGGCAAGCUCUUCAGAGAAGAGUUCAAUUCACUGCCGUGUUACUACCACCAUGGGUCCUUUGAGGAGGCGAGCAGAGAGCACAACAGAGAGAAAAACAGAUACCCAAACAUUUUACCAUAUGAUCAUUCGAGGGUGGUGCUGUGUCAUCUUGAUGGACAUCUGUGCUCUGACUACAUAAAUGCAUCUUACAUAGAUGGGUAUAAAGAAAAGAACAAAUUCAUUGCAGCUCAAGGUCCAAAGCUUGAGACAGUGGCUGAUUUCUGGCGGAUGAUUUGGGAACAGAAAACUGCAACUGUAGUAAUGCUGACAAAUCUGAAAGAACGGAAAGAGGAGAAAUGCUUUCAGUACUGGCCAGAGAAAGGCUGCUGGAUGUAUGGAAAUAUCCGAGUGUUACUGGAGGACGUCACAGUUCUAGUGGACUACACCAUCAGAAAAUUCUGUGUUCAAUAUCAAGGCAGCGAUGGACCCCGAGCCCCUCGGCUGGUCACCCAGCUCCACUUCACCAGCUGGCCAGACUUUGGGGUGCCAUUCACACCAAUCGGCAUGCUGAAAUUCCUCAAGAAGGUCAAGGCUGUCAAUCCAUCCUAUGCUGGACCUGUUGUUGUGCACUGCAGUGCUGGAGUCGGAAGAACCGGAACGUUCAUUGUCAUUGACAGCAUGAUCGACAUGAUGCACAUGGAGCAGCGAGUGGAUGUCUUUGGUUUUGUGAGCAGAAUACGAGAGCAGCGCUGUCAACUUAUCCAGACAGAUAUGCAAUAUUCCUUCAUCUACCAGGCUCUGUUGGAGUACUAUCUGUAUGGAGACACAGAACUAGAUGUGUGCUCUCUGGAGGGCCAUUUGCAGAGGCUUCACAACACCAGGGUUCCUCACGACAGGCUGGGCCUGGAGGAGGAGUUCAGGAAACUGACCAACGUCCGUAUAAUGAAGGAAAACAUGCGGACCGGGAACCUUCCUGCCAACAUGAAGAAGAACCGUGUGCUUCAGAUCAUUCCAUAUGAUUUCAACCGAGCAAUACUCUCUGUGAAAAGAGGACAGGAGUUCACCGACUACAUCAAUGCCUCCUUUAUUGAUGGCUACAGGCAGAAGGACUAUUUUAUCGCAACCCAGGGCCCCCUGUCUCACACAGUGGAGGACUUCUGGAGGAUGGUGUGGGAGUGGAGGUGUCAUUCAAUCGUUAUGCUCACCGAACUCAAAGAGAGGGAGCAGGAAAAGUGCUACCAGUAUUGGCCAUCAGAGGGCAGUGUAACAUUUGGAGAUUACACCGUGGAGCUGACUGGAGACACACAGUGUGAAACCUUCACUCGCAGAGACAUGAUUCUCACCUACAAACCAGUGGAUGAAAAUAACAUUGCAAUUUGCGCAUCUCACCAGGAAAAGCACUCACAACAUGUCCGCCACUUUCAUUUCCAUGGAUGGCCUGAGAUCGGAAUACCAGUUGAGGGAAAGGGGAUGAUUGACAUUAUUGCGGCUGUGCAGAGGCAGCAGCAGCAGUCUGGAAACCGUCCCAUAAUUGUACACUGCAGUGCUGGUGCAGGGCGGACUGGCACCUUCAUUGCCCUGAGCAACAUUCUAGAGAGAGUGAAAGCUGAAGGCCUUCUGGAUGUUUUUCAGACAGUCAAGAGUUUACGUAUGCAGAGACCACACAUGGUUCAGACUGUGGAGCAAUACGACUUCUGCUACAGAGUGGUCCAGGAUUUUAUUGACAUUUUCUCAGACUACGCCAACUUUAAAUGAUACCUGUAAGAUAGUUAUCUGUAACAAUGGGUACAUAAACAUAUGCAAUUUUUGGCUGAAUGUUGUUUUUCUAUGGCUUUUUACAAUUUGCACUUAAUUACAUAAGUAAGAUGCUGUAUAUACUAUAAUAUAAAUGAACACAUAUGUAACACAGGAGAGCUUUUCCAAGAAUGUUUGAGCAUAACGUACCCCAACUUUGAAGUGGUAUAUAUACAUAUAUAUGUGUGUGUGUGUGUGGUUUCUUUCAUUCCAAUUGCCUUUUGGUUCACAUUAGUCUUGCAUUUCAUAAUUUAAUGUUGCCUAGGCAACGUCUUAGAUUGCUAUGGAGAUAAUUAAUUCUGUGUUUGAUAAAUAGUAUAAAAAGUCGAAUACUUGUAAAUUUAAUUACUUCUUGUCUGAUGUGUUCAAAUAUAAGAAUUUUCUUUCAACUCAGCAUAAACAUAAAAUUUCAAAUACAUUUUAUCCUGUAAGAUGCUGUAAAUUACCUCACUUCUGUCUGGGAAUAACUUAACAGCUGCUGCCUGUUGCAAUUUUAUUCAACCUCACUAACUUUCUCUUUUGCCUGUGGCAAUAUUACUUAGUGGAUUGGUGCCUGACUUGGCAAAAUGCAAUUAGCCCACAUUGGAACAGGCAGAAAAUAAUGUAUUAUUUCAUGAAUUCAAAUGUAUCAUGGCAGCCAAGCAUCGCAUCCUGCUUAAAAAAACAAAAAAAAACAACGAUUUUAUACACUUUAACAAGCCAACUUUACACUUGCAUGUUUGCAUCAAGUAGUGCCAUGUUGAUUAGACAGAGUUCUAAUCAUAAAAAAAGUUGUCACAAAGUGACAAAACUUUAAUAAUAAGCCAGAUGUUUACUUUAUGUUUGAUUUAGAUAUGACAAAUACAUUUUUAAAAGUGAAUUGUUUUUAAUAGUGGUUUCAUGUGUGGAUCAUCAAUUACUUAAAGAAUAAAACACUGAUACUAUAUGUAUCCUAAUUGUGGUUACUGCAAUUGAGUGUGUUGAAAAAAAUGCAAUUACAUGUGGGAAGUUGAAAAGAACUGAUCUCAAAAUCCAGUGCUUGUCCAAGUUAUAAAAUAUGCUCCCACAUAUUGAUACACUUUGAUACCUACAGGAGUCAUACAUAUUUAAACCCUACUAUUGCAAAAACAUCUUUGUGGAACAUUAAGCUUAGAAGUAUUAAGUUUAGGUAAAGAACUUUCUACUGUGUUUCUACCUCUGUUACAUUCAUUUGAUUGCUUUAUACUGGACACACUGAUCAUUUUAUUAAGUGUACAUAAAUAUCUGUUGUGGUCAUUCAUCACCACUAACUGCAUUGUUGAUUUUAAUGUAUUCUUAUGCUGAAGGAAUAACAAAUAAGGGUAAUGACAGAUGCACACGCAUCUUGUUUCAGUUCUGUUUCUGCCUCUUGUAUCUGUGCAGAUUUAAACAACUAUUUGUUUGCUAAAAGCAGAAUCCAAUAAAUUAUAGAUGGAGAUAAAUGUCA